ACGUUCUGCAAUUUGUUUCAAUCAUCACGUUCUGCAACUUGUUUCAAUCAUCACGUUUUGCAAUUUGUUUCAAUCAUCACGUUCUGCAAUUUGUUUCAAUCAUCACGUUCUGCAACUUGUUUCAAUCAUCACGUUCUGCAACUUGUUUCAAUCAUCACGUUUUGCAAUUUGUUUCAAUCAUCACGUUCUGCAACGUGUUUCAAUCAUCACGUUUUGCAAUUUGUUUCAAUCAUCACCUUCUGCAACUUGUUUCAAUCAUCACGUUCUGCAACUUGUUUCAAUCAUCACGUUCUGCAACUUGUUUCAAUCAUCACGUUCUGCAAUUUGUUUCAAUCAUCACGUUCUGCAACUUGUUUCAAUCAUCACGUUCUGCAAUUUGUUUCAAUCAUCACGUUCUGCAACUUGUUUCAAUCAUCACGUUCUGCAAUUUGUUUCAAUCAUCACGUUCUGCAAUUUGUUUCAAUCAUCACGUUCUGCAACGUGUUUCAAUCAUCACGUUCUGCAAUUUGUUUCAAUCAUCACGUUCUGCAAUUUGUUUCAAUCAUCACGUUCUGCAAUUUGUUUCAAUCAUCACGUUCUGCAAUUUGUUUCAAUCAUCAUGUUCUGCAACGUGCUUCAAUCAUCACGUUCUGCAAUUUGUUUCAAUCAUCACGUUCUGCAAUUUGUUUCGUUCAUGUUGUGCAAUCACACUCUGUCUUAUUCUAG